CCUGUGCGUUUGAGUUCUCACUGUCGCUCUUCCAGGACGAAGAACAUACCGCACGAGCUUUCGCGCUGAGGCUGUCUGGUCUAUUGUGCUCAAGUUCUGCCAAUUAAUAUUUUGCAUUGUGGGUCAAGAAACCACACCCCGUAGCGUAAAAAGCAGGAUAAAUUCCAGUGACAGGAUGGCAGGUACAGCAAUGGCAGGUAUUGCGUCGAGACUCAAGCACAACCGUGAUAAAGCGCAAGGCAUCGGUUCCAAUGCACGCGCGGUUAAGUACCUUGGACAGGAUUUCGAGGCGUUGAGACGAGAUUGCCUUGAACGUGGGCAGCUGUUUCGGGACGAGUGCUUUGAGGCUGAGCCGUCAUCCCUUGGCUUCAAAGAUCUUGGACCAAAUUCAUACAAAGUUCGAGGCAUCACUUGGACACGACCCACGGAGCUGUGCUCCAACCCGCUGUUCAUCCAUGGCGGAGCCACCAGGACCGACAUCUGCCAGGGGGCUCUAGGUGACUGCUGGCUCCUGGCUGCCAUCGCCUCGCUCACGCUGAACAAGCAGGUGCUGGCUCGCGUGGUGCCCCCGGGCCAGAGCUUCCAGGACGACUACGCCGGGAUCUUCCACUUCGAGUUUUGGCAGUUUGGAGAGUGGGUGGAUGUGGUGAUUGACGACAGGCUGCCCACCAGAGACGGGGAGCUGCUGUUCGUCCACUCAGCCGAGGGGUCUGAGUUCUGGAGCGCCCUGCUGGAGAAGGCCUACGCCAAGCUGAAUGGGUGCUAUGAGGCUCUCUCCGGUGGGAGCACGACGGAGGGGUUUGAGGACUUCACCGGGGGCAUCGCGGAGACCCACGACCUGAGGCAGGCCAGCCCCCACCUCUUCAAGAUCAUCCAGAAGGCGCUACGGAGGGGGUCUCUGCUGGGCUGCUCCAUCGACAUAACAAGCUCGGCCGAUUCGGAGGCCAUCACGUCUCGGAAGCUGGUGAAGGGGCACGCCUACUCUGUCACCGGAGCAGAACAAGUGGAAUAUGAUGGGCAGAUGGUGAAACUGAUCCGCAUCAGAAACCCCUGGGGGCAGGUCGAGUGGACUGGAGCCUGGAGUGAUGGCUCAGCCGAGUGGCGGUACGUCAGCGAGGAGGACCGGGACCGGCUGGGGAACAGGGCAGAAGACGGAGAGUUCUGGAUGUCCUUCCGUGACUUCCUGCGGCAGUAUUCUCGAGUGGAGAUCUGCAACCUCACCCCCGACGCCCUCACCGAUGACGAGUUCCAGAAAUGGGCCCUGUCCACCUUCGAGGGCAGCUGGAGGAGAGGCUCCACCGCUGGGGGCUGCCGGAACUACCCAAACACCUUCUGGACCAACCCUCAGUUUGUGAUAAAACUGGAGGAGGAGGACGAUGACCCGGAUGAUGACGAGGUGGGCUGCACCUUCCUGGUGGGACUGAUCCAGAAGAACCGGCGCCGGAUGAGGAAGAUGGGCCAGGACAUGCACACCAUCGGCUUUGCCAUCUACGAGGUGCCUGAGGAGUGCUCGGGUCAGAGGAACAUCCACCUGAACCGGUCCUUCUUCCUGCGAAACGCGUCAGCGGCGCGGUCCGAGACCUUCAUCAACCUGCGGGAGGUGUGCAGCCGCUUCUGCCUGCCCCCGGGGGAGUACCUCAUCCUGCCCUCCACCUUCCAGCCCCAGGAGAAUGGAGACUUCGUUGUGCGCGUCUUCUCCGAGAAGCAGGCCGACUUCCAAGAACUGGAUGACCCUGUUGAGUCCCACGUGGAGGAGAUUGAGGUGACAGAAGAGGAUGUAGGGGACCGGUUCCGCAGCCUGUUCGGACAGCUGGCUGGACAUGACUGUGAAAUUUCUGCUUUUGAACUGAGAAGAAUUUUGAACAAAGUGGUCACCAGACGUGACGAUAUCAAGACCAACGGAUUCAGUUUGGCAACAUGCUGGAACAUGGUGAACCUCCUGGAUAAAGAUGGCACUGGGAAACUCGGCCUGGUGGAAUUCAAGAUCCUGUGGACCAAAAUUGAAAAUUACCUGAACUUAUACCGGGAGAAGGAUGUGGACAAUUCAGGCUGCAUGAGCUCCAGUGAAAUACGUGUGGUGGUGGAGGAGGCAGGCUUCUCCCUGAACAACGCCCUGCACCAGAUUGUGGUGGCCCGUUACGGCGACUCAGACCUCACCAUCGACUUCGACAAUAUGGUGGGCUGCCUGAUCCGCCUGGAGAGCCUGUUCAAAACCUUUAAGACUCUGGAAAAGGAUGAGACUGGAGAAGUAGAGAUGAAUAUCUAUGAGUGGCUGACCGUGUCUAUGCUAUGAGAUGAAGAGUGUGACAGCAAGGAGUUCACCAUCUGCACCUCUGGGGCUUUCUGUUUAUCUGUUGGGGGGGGGGGGG